AUGCAACCUCAAACAACAUCCGUCAGAUUAGAAUCUCUAUUAAAAUUUUGCAAUCUAUCGUUGACUCCAGAGCCAGAAUCCAGAAUCCAGAAUCCAGAAUCCAGAAUCCAGAAUAUAGAAUCCAGAUACGGUGUAUAUCUUCCACCGCUCCCUGAAGAACAGAAUUCACAAGGUCCUGAAUCUCGCCAUUUGUUGGCGAUUCUCGUUAUGGACGCAGAAAACAAUCGACAAGAAGAAGAACCACCGUUGUUAAAUCUUAAAGACCUGAGAGUGAUUUCUGUUCUUGGAAGAGGAGCGAACGGCGUAGCUUUUUUAGUUAGAAAUGAAGCUACAGGGGAAAAUCUAGCUUUAAAGGUGAUCUUGAAGGCUUUGAUAGAGAAGAAAAGCAAAAAAAAUGGAGAUAAAGAUUUUAGCUCUGCUUACAGACGAAUCUGGUUCGAACGGAAUGUAUUGAUGUCGUUUCGGCAUCCAUUGCUUCCGAGACUCAGAGGAGUUGUGGAAACUGAUAAGAUCAUCGCUUUCGCCAUUGAUUACUGUUCUGGUGGACAUCUCCACUCUUUAAGAAAGAGACAGAUUGAAAAGGUUUUCUCUAACAACAUUAUUAGGUUUUAUGGAGCAGAGUUGGUUCUUGCAUUGGAGUACUUGCACGGAUUAGGGAUUGUUUACCGGGAUUUGAAGCCAGAUAACGUAAUGAUUCAAGAGAAUGGUCAUCUAAUGCUCGUCGAUUUCGAUCUCUCAGCGAAACUCUCGGCAAAAUCUCUGCAACUUCGUGAGAUUUUUCGAUCCAAUACGACGACUUCUGAGAAUUGCAAAUCAAUGAAGAAGUACAAACGGUCUCUAACGCUAUGUCACUGCUUCGGUUCUGGCAUUUCGCCGGUGGACUCGGAUUCCUGUUGCACUGACUCACUAGUCGAGACUCAGAGAUCCGACUCGGAAUCGGUGUCCUCUUUUGAGACUGAGAAGUCGAAAUCGUUCGUUGGAACGGAGGAAUAUGUGUCUCCAGAAAUCAUCCAAGGGAACGGCCAUCAUUUCGCGGUGGAUUGGUGGGGUCUUGGUGUUGUCCUCGAUGAGAUGUUGUAUGGACGGACCCCGUUUCGAGGGGUCAAUCGGAAGGAAACGUUCCAUCGAAUUCUUGCAAAUUCGCCGGAGCUUGUUGGAGAGCGGACGGCUUUGAGGGAUUUGAUCGGGAAACUGCUCGAAAAGGAUCCGACGAAGAGAAUCUCCAUUGAGGGAAUCAAGGGUCAUGAUUUCUUUAAAGGCGUUGAUUGGGAAUCGGCUUUGCGAAUCGCUAGGCCACCGUUUAUUCCGUUAAGAGCGGAAAGGGAUAUGGAGGGAAUUAAGGUAAUUGAUGUGGAGUUAUUUGUACAUGGGGUUUUUAAGGGAGAGGAAGACAAAACAGGUGUCUUGGUAGAGGAUUUUUCGAUUUUUUAA